AAACGGGCCAAAAUCCCCAAAUUGGAUGAUCCAAUCGCCAACGCGCCCCCCAAAUAGGCGUCCGGGCUCCCCUCGAGUGCAGAAUCUCAAGGAUACUUCACGAAGGUUCGAUCUUUCUACCCUCCAAAUUUUACCAUCCACAAACCCUAACCCUAAUUCCAAAUUCCCAAUUUCCCAAUCUCUCUCUCUCUCUCUGUGUGCAAGAACCAUGUCUCACUUCGGUAGGUCUGGCCCUCCGGACAUCACCGACACCUACUCUCUCCUCGUCCUCAACAUCACCUUCCGUACGAGUGCUGAUGAUCUGUUUCCACUUUUCGAUAAGUACGGCAAGGUUGUUGACGUCUUUGUCCCCAGAGACCGAAGGACUGGGGAGUCGAGGGGCUUUGCUUUUGUGCGAUACAAAUAUGCAGAUGAGGCUCAGAAAGCAGUUGAAAGGCUUGAUGGAAGAGUUGUUGAUGGCCGCGAGAUAACUGUUCAGUUUGCAAAAUAUGGGCCAAAUGCAGAGAGGAUUCAUAAAGGAAGGAUUUCUGAAGCUCUACCAAAAUCGAGGCACAGGUCAAGAAGUCGCAGUCCUCGGAGAAGGUACCGAGAUGACUACAGAGACCGUGGCUACAGGAGGAGAAGUCGCAGUAGGAGUUGGGACAGGUAUGACCGUGACAGAUACCAUGGGAGGGAUAGAGACUAUCGCCGACGAAGCAGGAGCCGCAGUGCCAGUCCUGAUUACUACAGGGGCAGGGGAAGGGGGCGCUAUGAUGAUGAAAGGCGGAGUCUAAGUCCGUAUCGGAGUCCACAUCGAAGUCGUUCUAUUGAUAGUGCCUCCCCUGCUCGGCAUAGCCCUAGUCCUCGUAGGAGCCGCAGUGCCAGCCCUGAUAGAUGUAGUCGUGAUGGACAAUCCCCAACCUCUCAAAGUGCUUCACUACGCCAUCGUCCUGCUGAUUCUCAAAGCCCAUCCCCUCGAAAUUCAGAUGUUAAUGAUUGAUAGUGUUGUAUAGAAAAUAUCAUGGAAGCACCCCGUGUUGUGUACUUGUUGCAGCUCUGCUAAUGUCGAGGAUCCUUGAUCAUCAUGCUUGUUUCUAUUGGAUUUUUUAAGUGCUAGUUUCGAUAGGACAGGUUUUCUUUAGUACUCUAAUAUAUAAAUGCUGCACCUUGUGAAUUUUCUUUAUUUAGCUGGGAUAAUCUGGCUACUUGUGGGCUUGUAGUUUGUAGUUCGGUUUUAUUUACAGGGGAUAGUCUGUUGUAAGUUUCGUAGUGUCUUUCCUUUCAUUUUUGUUCUUGUGCGGUUUACUAUUCACUUUUAUCCUCUUUGUAGCAUUAUUACUGAUAUAUGAGUCUGGUCUUAAGUUGUCUAGUUCAGUUUAUAGGAAGACUUCAGGAACUAUUUCUUGGGUUUUAUAGUUGUUUGUGAAAAGAGUGAUUUAGGCCAGGAUAAGAGGAUGUUGAUUCGCAGCCAUUGAUGCUGUUUCUAGUCUGUAGAUGGAUGUCGGGGUCGUGAUGCUGGUUUUAGAAGUAUGAUUGUUUUUGCAGUGAGCUGGUUGCAGGGCCAGUAGGUUAAGCUGAUUUUCUCCAUAUGUGAUAUAUGUUGCUAAUGCUGCAUGUGAGCUGGACAGACAUGUUCCUUACAAACCUGGUUUGUAGUUGCUGUGAUGGUAGAAGUUGAAAUGGUGUUUCCCUGUAGCCUGAUGAUGCACAUGAGUUGGACCUGUGAUUGAGUAACCGUGAUGAGGAUACCCAGUCUGAAGUGUGGAUACUAACUAGGGAACCUUGUAUGUUGGGCUUAACUUUGCAGUCACAUUAAUGAGACACGAUCUUGUAUCACACUUUCUUGGCUCUAGCUGUGAAAUGGUAGCUGAUCUGUGUUAUGUUGUAUCAUAGUCAUGUGUGGGUUCGGGACAAACUGAAGUUCUAGCGAAUAACCACCUGCAGCUUGCAGUUGCUGCCAUUUUAUGAUCUGUAGGCUAUGACCAGUUGGGGCACUGAUAAUGGUUGAUUGGCGCUAUGACCAGUUGGGGAACCAAGAAUGGCUGCUUGGCAAUCUAUCUCGUAUGUCCUGAUUACCGAAAGAUUUACUUUGCAUUCUGGUAUGCCUGAUUGAUAAAAUGAAAAAUUUACGUGCCAAUAAUUGCAUUUAACAAUUAACGAUGGGGUGAUCUGGUGAAGAUCACUUUUUCUUCGUAUAUAUAAUGAUCCUUCGUCAAAUUAUCAUA